AUGAAUCUCAAGCUACCUUUCCUACAGAGCCAAGCAAAUGAGUUGCGCAUCGAAAUCGAUCACCAUUAUACCUCAAAAACAUACAGUUGCGGCUCAGCCAUCAACGGCACCAUCACCUUCACCCCACGAAACGACACCGGUGUGCACAUGAUCCGUGUUAGCCUCGUCGGAACAGCCAGGGUAGCGCGCCAGGAUCUCGAGUACGAGAAACGAUCUACGCAUUUCUUCCUCCGCACCGAGAUGGUGGUUCCAGAAUCUGUGUAUCCCGAGCCCAGGAUCUUCAAGAGCGGAGACACGUACAGUAUUCCGUUCUGGUUCGUCAUCCCCAACCACCUCACCUCCAACGCCUGCACGCACUCGGUUGCUUCAGAGAGUGUUAGAAACUCGCACAGUCUUCUUCCUCCAAGUAUGGGGACUUGGGAGCGCGAUGACAUGGGUGCUCCUUUGACUCAGGUCGAGUACAGUAUCCAGGCCAGAGUGGAGACAGACCCUCAGCCUUGCAAGAAAGCCCCCGUGGCAGUAGGCAAGCACAUCAUCAAUGUCUUGCCUUACUUGCCUGAAGAGCCACCACUGAGCAUCGACAAAGUCAAUUUUCAGUAUGCUCUUGAGAAGACUAAGAAAGUCCGCAAAAACCUCUUCUCCUCCUCUGAAGGGCGUAUAACUGCAACGGCCAUGCAACCAAAAGCCGUUAAUCUCGAUUCUGACGGCUACGGAUCAAGUGAGUCUACGGUUUUAAUCGACCUCACUUUCGAACCCCUGUUUUCGAGUGCCCGUCCCCCGGAAAUCAACACUCUUUCCGCCUCGCUACAAACCCAGACGUGGUCCCGCCAAGCUCCUAGUGUCAACUAUCCCAACAUGAGUCUACUGAGAGAUGCGUACACAGACCACACGCCUCUCUUCUCUCGCCGCCAGGUUCAAGCAGUUUGGACUCCUUCUGUGAAAGAGUCUAAAGGUGAUGACAGCUCAGAGGCAACUCCUUACUCAACGAAAGUCAGGGUUCCCUUCAAACUCCCUUUGUCAAGGAAGAUGUUCCUACCGACCUUUCAUACUUGCCUCGUGUCUCGUACAUAUAAAAUCGACCUGGCACUAGCGGUUGGAAACUCGACACUGAGGCUUACCGUACCCCUUCAGAUUGCGAUGCAGCAUAUUGGACAGCAUAUGGGCGAUCUGGCGGCGAUGGCAAACGACUUUGAAGUCGGAAUGAGAGAAGGCGGUUUAUCCGAAGAACUGUGGCCACUCUUUCCAAGACCUGCCGACGACGACGUCUUGCCUCACUACCGGGCAUAA